AUGAGUUUUUCCUCUCCUUUGAUGCAAGCAGGAAUCUGCUGUCCCAGAAAGAGGUCCAUUCAAACAGAGCAAAUUAGAAGGAUGCAGCAGUUUUUGAUCUUUGUGAUGGCUACCUGGGGGGCAGGAUUCUUCUGCUCUUCAAUUGAUGCUUUCCAAAGGAUCCCACUAAAGAAAAUGCCCUCAAUCCGUCAGACCUUGCAGGAGAUGGGUGUGAAAGUCUCAGACGUCUUCCCUGCCCUUAAGCAGAAUAAAUACGCCGGUGCCACAGGCCCUCGGAAUGGGACGGCCCCCACCAUCCUCACCAACUAUCUGGACACCCAGUACUUUGGGGAGAUCAGCAUUGGCACACCAGCGCAGACCUUCAAGGUGGUCUUUGACACGGGCUCGGCCAACCUUUGGGUACCUUCCUACAGAUGCUCUCCACUCUACAGCGCCUGCGUGUCUCACAACCGCUACGACUCUUCCAAAUCACGCACGUACCUGGAGAACGGGACGGGCUUUGCUAUCCAGUAUGGAUCAGGAAGCGUGAAAGGUUUCCUCAGCCAGGACAUCGUCAUGGUGGCUGAUAUCCCCAUCAUCCAGGUCUUUGCUGAAGCCACGGCGCUGCCUGCCUUCCCCUUCAUCUUUGCCAGGUUUGAUGGGGUGCUGGGCAUGGGGUACCCCAGCCAGGCCAUCGAUGGCAUCACCCCAGUGUUUGACCGGAUCCUCUCCCAGCAGGUCCUGAAGGAGGAUGUGUUCUCAGUCUACUACAGCAGAGCUUCGAAGAACUCUCUUCUGAAACCUGGAGGGGAAAUUAUCCUUGGAGGAAGUGAUCCAGCCUACUACACAGGGGGUUUCCACUACCUGAACGUCAACAAGAACGGCUACUGGCAGAUCAGCAUGAAGGGGGUGUCUGUCGGUGCUGAGACAUUGUUCUGCAAAGAAGGUUGUUCGGUGGCCAUCGACACCGGGGCUUCCUACAUCACUGGCCCAGCAGGCUCCAUAGCCGUGCUGAUGAGAGCCAUCCAGGCGGCGGAGCUGGCGGAAGGAGGGUAUAUCGUUGACUGUGACAAAGUCCACCUGCUGCCCGAUAUCUCCUUCCACCUCGGUGGGAAGCUCUACGCACUCAGUGGCUCAGCCUAUGUUCUCCGGCAAUCCCAGUAUGGAGAGGACAUCUGCACCGUGGCAUUCGCAGGUUUGGACAUCCCUCCUCCAACCGGCCCCCUCUGGGUCCUGGGAGCCAGCUUCAUCGGGCAAUACUACACCGAAUUCGACCGGCAGAACAACCGGAUCGGCUUCGCCACCUCCCUCUGA